AUGGUGAUGGUUAUGGUAACAAUUACGGUAACGGUUAUGGUAAUAGUUGUGGUGACGGUAAUGGUAACAAUAGCGGUAAUAGUAACGAUAACGGUAACAGUCACGGUAACUAUAACUGUAACAGUAACGGUAAUGGUAAUAAUAAUGGUAAUAGCAACGAUGACGAUAAUGGUGACGGUGACGAAAACGGUGAUGUUCGAUGACGAUGACACUAAAGAUAACGUUAAUGGUGACAGUGACGAUGGCGGUAACGGUCAGAGUCACGAUGACGGUAAUGGUCACGAUCUCGUUCACGGUAACAAUGAUUGUAACUGCGAUAGUGGCUAUAACGGUCACAGUCAUGAUGAUGGUAACGGUGACGAUAACGGUGACAAUGACGAUAACGGUCACAGUCACAGUUAUGGUGAUGGUAACAAUGACUGUAACGGUGACAAUGGCGGUAACGGUCACAAUCACAGUGAUGGUAACGGUCACGGUGACGAUCACGGUAAUGGUCAAGGUAACGGUUACGAUGGUGAUGACACUAAAGAUAACGGUAACGAUGGUGGUAACGAUCACAGUCACGGUGACGGUAACGGUCAUAGUCCCAGUGACGGUAACGGUGACGGUGGCGAUAACGGUCACAGUCAUGAUGGCGGUAACGAUCACAGUCACGAUGACGAUAACGGUCAUGGUCACGGUGACAGUAAUGGUGAGAGGAACAGUGACGGUAAUGGUGACGGGAAAAGUAAUAGUAAAAAUAAUGGUAAUGAUUAUGGUUACGGUUAUGGUGACUGUAACAAUGACAGUAAUGGUGAAGGUGGCAGGUACGAUAAUUGUUACGGUGAUGGUAACAGUAACAGUAACAAUAACGAGGACGGUGAUCGUAACGGUAAAGGUAAGGAUGAUGUUGACAGUGACUAUAAUAGUAACGGUAAUAGUGACGGUAAUGAUAAUGGUGUUGGUAACAACCACGAUCAUGGCAACAGUGACCAUAAUGAUGGCUGUGAUGAUAAUCGUAACGAUAGCGACAACGGUAAUGGUAACGAAAACGGUAACAGUAAUAAUAACGGUAACGUUAAAGGUAAUGAUAACAGUGAUGGUAAUGGUAAUGGUAAUAGUAAUGAUGACUGCAACGAUGAUGAUAGAGGUGAUGGAAACGGCUACGAUGAGGGUAACGGUGAUGGUAAUGGUGACAGUAAUGGUUACGAUGAUGGUAAGAGUAACGAUUACAGUUACGGUGACGGUUAUGAUGACAGUAACAAUUAUGGUAACGGUAACUAUGACAAUAAUGGUAAUGGUAAUGGUGACGGUAAUGGUAGCAGUGAUGAUAAUGUAACCGUAACAUUGACGGUUAUUGGGAUGGUAACGGUGACAGUAAUGGUAAUGAUAAUGGUGAUGAUAAUGGUAACGGUAACGGUGACAGUGAUGAUAAUGGUGGCGGUGACGGUGACAGUGACAGUAACGGCGACAGUGACAGUAACGACUGAUGGUCACGAUAACGAUAACGAUAACAAUAUCGGUUAUGGUGAUGGUGACAGUGAUGAUGACUGUAAUGAUAACAGUGACUGUGACAGUAACGAUGACAGUCACGGUAAUGGUGAUGGUCACUGUAUUGGUAAUAGUCAUAGUAAUCAUGAGAGUAAUGAUAACGGUGAUGAUGACAGUAACAGUUAUGAUAAUAAUUACGAUAACGAUGACAGUAAUGACUAUGGUAAUAAUUACGGUGACGAUGACUGUAACGGUGACGAUAACAAUAUCAAAGACGGUAACAGUAAUGAUAAUGGUAACGAUAACAACAACGGUGUGGGUAAUAAUAACAGUAACGGUAAUGGUGAUUGUAAUAGUAAUGGUGACGUUGACUGUAAUAGUGAAAGUAACAGUAACGAUGACGGUAACGGUAAUGGUGACUGUGAUGGUGAUGGUAACGGUAAUAGUGACAGUAACAGUGACGAUAACAGUAACGGUAACGAUAACGAUGACAGUAAUGGUAACAAUAACGGUGAUGGUGAUGAUAACGUGUGA